UGAGUUGAAACAGUUACAUGGACUGAUGAUCACUACAUCAGUUAUAAGAUAUGUAAUUCCUCUGAGCAGGCUUAUUGAUUUUUGCACAAAUUCUGAAGCCGCAGACUUCAAUUAUGCAAACUCUGUUUUUAUCCGAAUUGAAGUGCCUAGUGUGUACAUUUGGAACUCCAUGAUCAAAGCUUACUCUAACACUAACAACCCGGAUGAGGCUUUGUAUAUGUACAGAGAAAUGCAGCGAAGGGGUUACUCGCCGGACCAUUUCACGUUCCCUUUUGUGCUCAAAGCAUGUUCACUACUUACUCAUCCAAAUUAUGGAACAUCGGUCCACAAUUGCAUUGUGAAAACUGGGUUUGAAUCGGACGUGUAUACUUCUUGUGGUUUACUCAAUAUGUAUGUAUCUUGCGCGCAUAUGGAAGCAGGAGUAAAGGUAUUUGAUUUAAUUCCUAAGUGGAAUGUGGUAGCUUGGACUAGUUUGAUUGCCGGGUAUGUUAACAACGGCUGGCCUAGCAGGGCCAUAGAGGUGUUCAAAGACAUGGAGUUUUGGAAUAUAGAGCCUAAUGAGAUUACCUUGGUGAAUGUACUAGUUGCGUGUGCUCAUAUGAGAGAUAUUGAUACUGGAAAAUGGGUUCACAGUCGUGUCUGCCAACUUGGAUAUGAUCCCUUUGAAUCAGAUUUAACUUUCAAUGUGAUACUUGCAACUGCCAUUAUAGAUAUGUAUGGAAAAUGUGGCAGCUUCAGAUACACAAAGAAUCUGUUUUACAAAAUGCCUGAAAGAAAUUUGGUUGUUUGGAAUUCCAUGAUUGGUGCAUUUAAUCAAUAUGGCAGGGUUGAGGAGGCACUAGGUCUGUUCUUCGAUAUGCUAAUUGCUGGGCUUCGGCCGGACACGGCUACCUUUUUGAGUGUCAUAAGUGUCUGUGCUCAACUGGGGGCUCUGGCAUUGGGACAAAGUAUUCAUGCUUUUGUAUUAAAGACUAACCUCAGCGAGGAUACUGCUAUUGGAACUGCCCUAGUGGACAUAUAUGCUAAAAUUGGAGAUGCAGGAAGUUCGCAGCAGAUCUUUUGUAAAAUGGAUAAGAAAGAUGUGAUGGCAUGGACUAGCAUGAUUGUUGGUUUAGCUAUGCACGGGCAUGGAGAGGAAGCACUAAGUACAUUCAAGAGAAUGCAAGAGGAUGCUGCUCUUAUCCCCGACGAGAUUACAUACAUCGGGGUUCUAUGUGCAUGUAGCCGUGUUGGAUUGGUUGAAGAAGGUCAGAGACACUUCAACUCAAUGGUUGAUGUUUACAACAUAGAGCCAACAAUGGAGCACUACGGUUGUAUGGUUGAUCUUUUGAGUCGAUCAGGGCACUUUGAAGAGGCGGAAAGAUUAGUGAAGAAGAUGCCAAUCAGACCGAAUAUUGCCAUAUGGGGUGCUCUUUUAAAUGGUUGUGACAUUCAUGAAAAUGUGAAUCUAGUUGACCAAAUGAGAAGCCGCAUAACAGAGUUGGACCCUGAGGGUAGCGGAGUUUAUGUCCUUCUUUCGAACAUAUAUGCUAGGGCUGGUAAAUGGCAAGAAGUAAAACUGGCUAGAGAAUUGAUGGCACAUAGAAGGGUGGAAAAAACUCUCGGGCAUAGUACAGUUGAACUGAAAUUGCUUAAUUCGUAAUUAUAUCAUAAUUCACUUUUAAUUUUAUUUCA